AUGCAAAAGCAUAUCACUGACCUGCGCAGCCUCCAACAGAAGCUGCUCCUUAUGGGAUCUCGUGUGGAUGACGAAAUGCUCGGACGGAUUCUGCUGACCAGCGUCAAGGAAGCCUUCCCGACGACGGUGGAAAUAUUGCGCAGCCAAGAUGAGGUCAAGAGUGGGACGUAUGCGAAGCGCAAGGUGGACAGCAACCAGCUGCUGUACACGGGCAAGACGGACAACCAAGGGCCUUACAAGAAGAAGCAAGCGGUCAAGAACAAAUGCCACUACUGCAACAAGAUUGGGUACCAUGCGUUCGAAAGUCGGUACAAGAAGCGGAAUUUGGCCAAGGGCGUGAAGCGCAAAUGCAUGUCGACUCAAGACGAAGACCAGAUCAACUCUCAAAGCGGCGAAGAAACGGGCGAGGAAGCCGAGGAUGAUGACGACUACGGCUCCAAGGAAGACAAGGCCUUCGAUAUCCUCGUCAACUCCCUCGACGACGACAACCUGGCCUAUGUGUCUCACAUGACAACCUCCAAGGCAGUGUGGGACCUGCUUGUGAAGCGUUACGAAGCCCGAACGUAUGCUGAUGUGUCCCACAUCAUCCACGAGUUGCACACGAAGCCUCCAACAGAAGCUGCUCCUUAUGGGAUCUCGUGUGGAUGA